UAUAAGUAAUCCAACUUCAUGCAUGCAAGACGAUACUAUAGAAGGCUCUACAUCAAUUUCUCAGCUUCUGAGAGAGAGCUACCUUGCUGAAACUAUAAGGCAUCAUGAGAACAAUCUCUGCUCUGAUAAAGUUGAUGAUAUAGCGGGAACAGAUGACUUUUCUGAUCUUUCUGCCUUCCUGAGCCAGGAGGAAUUAGACCAAAGUGUUCAUUUGGCAAGACAAUCAAUUGACCAGGAUGGGAAACAAAAAGAAGUUCCAGCUGUCGUUAAGUGUCCCCCAAGAGAAUUAAAAAAACAAACCAAAUCUUCUGUAAAACAACCAGUAAGCCAGCAUCUAACCACUGACCAAGAAGAACAGAACUUUAGGCAAGAACAUGUUAUAAAGGGUACGAGGAACUCUGAGGAAGACAGUAAAGAUACAAAAAGGCCACAGAGGAUCAAUCCUUAUGGGACUGAGACAGAAUCUAAGAAAGAGUUUCUAAAUAAGGCAGCAGACUUCAUAGAAGAGCUUUCUUCACUAUUUAAAGCCAACAGUUCCAAGCGGAUAAGGCCUAAGACAUUAAGAAAUCGAAGUAGAAAACGUGACUUAAAAAGUGGAACUCUUGAAGAAGACGUCUCUAAUUACACCAGCCAGUCAGAAAACCGAGAGAGGCCUGUCUGUCCGCCAGUAGAGACAGAAAUAGAUCUAACUGUCUCUGAAGAACCUGAGUGUUUGGAAGUCGUAGUACCAGAAACUGAUAAGGAGGAUUUGCAAGUAGAAACCAACACCGCUUCCUCUUUUUAUUUGGAAGAGACUAUUGGGCAGCCUCCAAAUUUUAUUCAGAAAAUAAAAAGUAGGGAAGUUACAGAAGGAAGCAGAGUACAACUGGACUGCAUUGUGGUUGGAAUUCCAGCUCCAGAAGUAAGAUGGUACUGUGAAGGGAAGGAACUUGAAAACUCUCCAUAUAUCCUAAUACAGAAAAACGGGGAUCUGAAUACUUUAGUUAUUACUGAGGCCUUUGAAGAGGACACUGGACGUUACUCUUGUUUUGCAUCAAAUAUUUAUGGAACAGAUUCAACGUCUGCAGAGAUUUAUGUAGAAGGAGCGUCAUCCUCUGAUUCUGAAGGUGACACAAACAAGACUGACAUAGAUCAGUCACAGGCUGAACAUCUGUCAUUAGCUACUCCGGAGAUGCCAAAGGAAGUUGUUCGCCAGGAGAUAAAUGUUCCUAUCACAGUUGUACAGAAUGUGCAACCAGCAAUAACGCAGCAGGUAAAGGGCCCGAAUACAUACCUACAAGGACUAGAUGGAAGACCAUUAAUGGCUGCUCCAGUUUUCACCAAGACAUUGCAGGAUAUAACUGCCUCUGAGGGUCAGUUAGUUGUGUUUGAAAGCAGAGUGAAGGGAUCUCCAUCCCCGAAAGUCGAAUGGUACAGGGAAGGAACUCUGAUUGAAGAUUCUCCGGAUUUUCGAAUUUUACAGAAAAAGCCUCGAUCUAUGGCGGAACCAGAAGAAAUAUGCACUUUAGUCAUUGCAGAAGUCUUCUCUGAAGAUUCUGGCAUGUUUACAUGUACAGCAAGCAACAAAUAUGGAACCACUUCAAGCACUGCUAAUUUGACUGUGAAAGGUUCCACUGAAAAUAUCAAUAAACCUCCCAUAACCAUUAGCACAAUCAAGAUUGACGCUUUUAAUGUGAUUGAAACCCCCCCAAAACCUAAGCUGGAGGGAGUUCUAGUGAACCACAAUGAACCAAGACCAAGUUCAAAAAUUGGCUUAAGAGUUCAUUUCAAUUUGCCAGAAGAUGAUAAAGCAAGUGAAAGCUCAUCUGACGAUGGUUUCAUCACUGCAAAGAACUACGGGUUAAAUAAUCAGGAUAUGCUAAAUGGUCAGUCAUACUCAGCAUUUGCAGCAUCUUUAAAGGAGCCUCCACCAGUAUUUGCUAAGCCUAAAUUAGACCCGAUGAAAUUACAACAGCUACAUAAUCAAGUUAUGAUUGAGCAACAAUUUCAGCCUUCAUCCCCAAAUUCCGCAGCAGGAGAUGCCCUGCCAAAUUCAGUUGUCCAAAAUUCUACGUCACCUUAUAUGUUUGCUCAUCCUCUGCAGCAUCUUUUAAACCCAGAUCCAGUAAAUGCAUACCCAGUGCCUACAGCUAACACUGUUUCACCUAUAAGGCCAUGGACAGUUGGCACUCAGAACACCACCAGCACUUACCAUGAGAUUUCAUCAUCUUUGUCCUCUACUGGACAGCCUCAGUCUCUUUUAAGUUCUACAGAUUCAGUAUUAUCUUCAACACCUUCUACGCUGCCCAUCAAGAACCAUUUCCAACCACAGACUGUAUUACAAUCUCCUGUCUCUCCUCCACGGAUUCAAAACCCUGUUGCCUUUCUUAGUUCUGUUCUUCCAUCACUACCUUCACUACCAGUAACAGCUCCAACAAAUGCAAUGGGUCUGCCAAAGAGUUCUUCCACGCCUCUUCAAGCAACACUAAAGAAAACUUCAAAUCCUGUAAGGUAUAUACCGCAAGAUCAAAUUCGUGAAAAUAAGAAUUUGGUGGUACAGGAGUUAGAAAAGAAACUCUCUUUUAGAGAAGAAGCACCCCCUCGACAACAGGAAUAUAAGAUAUCCAAUUUUGAGCAGAGACUGAUGAAUGAGAUUGAGUUUCGCUUGGAGCGCACCCCAGUGGAUGAAUCAGAUGAUGAAGUGGAACAUGAUGAGAUCCCUAGAGGAAAAUGCAUCGCACCCAUCUUUGAUCGCAGGCUGAAACACUUCCGUGUUGUAGAAGGUGCAUCAGUCACAUUUACGUGUAAAGUUGUUGGGAUACCUAUACCUAAAGUAUACUGGUUUAAAGAUGGAAAGCAGAUUUCAAAGAAAAAUGAACACUGUAGAAUGAGGAGAGAAGCAGAUGGAACCUGCUCUUUGCAUAUAGAAUAUGCCAAUAAUGAUGAUGACGGAAACUAUACCAUCAUGGCUGCAAAUCCCCAGGGAAGAAUCAGUUGCUCUGGACAUUUACUUGUGCAGUCAGCUCCACUACGUCCUCGUUCAAUUCCUACUGUAUUGUCUCAUAGGACACGGCCACGUCAGGCAGAAGUGGAAAAUGAAUCUGUACAACAGAGGUUCUUCCGGCCGUACUUUCUCCAAGCUCCUGGAGAUAUGGUGGCACAUGAAGGGCGCUUAUGUAGAUUAGACUGCAAGGUGAGUGGUCUACCGCCACCAGACAUUAUGUGGGUUCUCAAUGGAAUACCCGUCUCACCAGAUACUACUCACAGAAUGCUGGUUAGGGAGAAUGGAAUUCACUCACUUCUCAUUGAUCCUCUCUCACAAGCUGAUGCCGGGACAUACACCUGCAUUGCAACCAAUAAGACAGGACAAAACUCAUUCAGCUUAGAGCUGAGUGUGAUGGCAAAGGAAGUGCAGAGACCACCCGUAUUUUUGGAGAAGCUGCAGAACAGUGGGGUACCAGAGGGUCACCCAGUUAGGUUGGAGAGUCGUGUUAUUGGGAUGCCUCCUCCAGUCUUCUACUGGAAGAAAGACAAUGAAACCAUUCCAGCCCACAAACAUAGGAUAAGUAUGCACCAGGAUGCCACGGGGUAUGUGUGCCUACUCAUUCAGCCAGCCAAAAAAGAGGAUGCGGGGUGGUAUACACUGUCAGCAAAGAAUGAAGCAGGGAUUGUGUCCUGUACUGCUAGACUUGACAUAUACGCCCAGUGGCACCAGCAGAUUCCUCAGCCAAUCAAAAAAAUACGACUUCCUGCAAACCGCUACUCGACAUUCUCUGCGCCAAACCUGGAUAUUCUGCACCCGUACCCAACUGCAGAAACCCCGCUGAGCUUUGUGUUUCCAAUCCGCAACGUGGUAGAGAGCGACGAGCUGUGAAUUCAACUGGCUACAGUAACACUGAAACUGUGAAGAAAAUGACAGCGGAAAGUUUACAAAAGUCAAUUUUUCUAUUUUUUUAAAAUAUGGUUUUAGUUUAUUGCCCAUGUUAAAUAGCCUAAGAGAUGGAAAGUAUUUCAAUGUUUAACCUUAAUGGGGCUUAUAGGCGCAAU